AUGCAGUCAAUUAUCCAACAAAAUAUCAAUGAUAAAAAUACUUGCUUUAUUUGCAUUAGCGUUUUUUCUAAAGCAUUCAAAAAUAAAGGAUGCGGGCACAUGUACUGUGGUGAGUGCAUCAAGAAAUACAUCAAGGUAUAGUUCCAUGCACUUUAAGACUAGAAGAAAAUCAAAUGUUUAUUAUGCGAAAGUCCUUUGGAAUUUAAUGACCAAAUUGUGGAAGAGGAGAAGCUUGAACAAAUGGAAAUAGACUAAGAUAAUUAAAUUUAAAAUGUCAAAGUCUAAGAUAAGCCAUAAAUUCUUUAACAGCAGCAGCAAUAAUAGCCUUCGUAGCAAGUAGUGCAAUAGCAGUAAUAGCAGCAGCAACCUGCCAAUAAAGUAUUUAGAGAAAAGUUUGAUUGUACCUUUUGCCAACAAAUUAAUUUCAACCACAACGAUAUGUUAUCACAUAUAUAGCAGAGACAUUAUCGCUAAAAUGGAGUUUGUCCCAUUUGUAUUGAAAGAGGAGGAGAUAAAAACUUUGUAUCUUCAAAUUUGUUGGGACAUUUACAUGCUAGACAUUAUGAUGACCCUUUAUACUGCCCAGAUUAAGAAUCAUACAAGCAGCUCUUAAAUUAGUAUUUUUCUAAUUGA